GCAUCUACAGCUUCCAAUCUUCUUCAUUUUCCUCCUGUCGUCGUCCAGCCGGCGAGCGAGAGAGAGACAGAGAUGAGCGGACACGACUCCAAGUACUUCUCCACCACCAAGAAGGGUGAAAUCCCCGAGCUCAAGGAGGAGCUCAAUUCUCAGUACAAGGAUAAGAGAAAAGAUGCAGUCAAAAAGGUGAUUGCUGCCAUGACUGUUGGGAAAGAUGUUUCAUCACUAUUCACGGAUGUUGUGAAUUGCAUGCAGACAGAGAAUUUGGAGCUCAAAAAGCUUGUUUAUUUAUAUCUCAUCAACUAUGCCAAAAGCCAACCUGACCUAGCAAUACUGGCAGUAAAUACAUUUGUCAAGGACUCACAGGACCCAAAUCCUUUGAUUCGUGCUUUGGCUGUAAGGACAAUGGGAUGCAUUCGUGUUGACAAAAUCACAGAAUAUCUGUGUGACCCCCUCCAGAGGUGCCUCAAGGAUGACGAUCCUUAUGUUCGCAAGACUGCUGCUAUAUGUGUUGCUAAACUGUUUGACAUAAAUGCUGAGCUGGUUGAGGAUAGGGGAUUUCUGGAAGCUCUCAAGGAUUUGAUAUCCGAUAAUAAUCCUAUGGUUGUAGCAAAUGCUGUAGCAGCGCUUGCAGAGAUCCAAGACAACAGUAGCAGACCCAUAUUUGAGAUCACGAGCCAUACAAUUUCAAAGCUCCUUACUGCUCUAAAUGAGUGCACAGAGUGGGGCCAAGUUUUCAUAUUGGAUGCCCUUUCCAAGUAUAAGGCAGCCGAUGCUCGUGAAGCUGAGAACAUAGUGGAGCGUGUUACCCCACGACUGCAACACGCAAAUUCAGCAGUUGUGCUUUCAGCUGUUAAGAUGAUCCUCCAACAAAUGGAACUCAUCACAAGUACUGAUGUGGUUCGGAAUCUUUGCAAGAAAAUGGCUCCUCCUCUUGUGACAUUACUCUCUGCAGAACCUGAGAUUCAAUAUGUUGCAUUACGAAAUAUCAACCUUAUUGUCCAAAGACGCCCUACUAUUCUUGCCCAUGAGAUUAAGGUGUUCUUUUGCAAGUACAACGAUCCAAUUUAUGUGAAGAUGGAGAAGCUAGAAAUCAUGAUAAAACUGGCUUCAGACCGUAACAUAGACCAGGUUUUGUUGGAGUUCAAAGAAUAUGCCACAGAAGUAGAUGUAGAUUUUGUCAGAAAAGCUGUCCGUGCAAUUGGACGUUGUGCCAUCAAGCUGGAAAGAGCAGCUGAGCGAUGCAUUAGUGUUUUGCUUGAACUGAUUAAGAUUAAAGUGAACUAUGUCGUUCAAGAAGCUAUUAUAGUCAUUAAGGAUAUUUUUAGAAGAUACCCUAACACCUAUGAGUCCAUCAUUGCUACACUCUGCGAGAGCUUAGACACUUUAGAUGAACCUGAGGCUAAGGCAUCAAUGAUCUGGAUAAUUGGUGAAUAUGCAGAGAGAAUUGACAAUGCUGAUGAGCUGCUUGAGAGCUUUUUGGAGAGUUUUCCAGAAGAGCCUGCCCAAGUACAAUUGCAAUUGCUGACUGCCACUGUCAAGCUGUUUCUUAAGAAGCCAACUGAAGGGCCACAGCAGAUGAUUCAGGUUGUGUUGAAUAAUGCCACAGUGGAGACUGAUAAUCCAGAUUUGCGCGAUCGUGCAUAUAUAUAUUGGAGACUUCUUUCGACUGAUCCUGAGGCAGCUAAGGAUGUUGUGUUAGCUGAAAAGCCUGUCAUCAGUGAUGAUUCAAACCAACUCGAUCCGUCUCUUCUUGAUGAACUACUUGCCAAUAUUGCUACUCUGUCUUCAGUGUACCACAAGCCCCCAGAAGCAUUUGUUACCCGUGUGAAGACUGCCCAGAGAGCUGAAGAAGAUGACUACCCUGAUGGGAGUGAAACAGGGUACUCCGAGUCCCCUGCUCAUGCAGUAGAUAGUGGUACAUCUCCAACAGCAACUUCAAGUAGUGCUCCACAGGCCGUGGCUAGGCAACCAGCCCCUGCAGCUCCUGCUCCUGCUCCUGUCCCCGAUUUACUUGGUGAUUUGAUAGGGAUUGAUAAUGAUACCAACAGCAGUGCUAUAGUUUCUGUUGAGUCCUCAGUACCUGCUGGCCCACCUUUGCCUGUUCUAUUAUCAGCUUCAGCUGGUCAAGGUUUGCAAAUCAGUGCACAGUUGGUACGCAGAGAUGGCCAGAUAUUCUACAACUUAAUGUUCGAGAACAACUCACAGAUUCCCCUUGAUGGAUUUAUGAUCCAAUUCAACAAGAACACAUUUGGUCUCGCUGCUGCUGGACCUCUCCAGGUCCCACAGUUGCUACCUGGAACAUCAGCAAGGACUCUUCUGCCUAUGGUUUUAUUCCAAAACAUAGCUCCUGGCCCUCCAAACACCCUUCUGCAGGUUGCUGUGAAAAAUAAUCAACAACCCGUAUGGUAUUUCAAUGAUAAAGUAUCAUUGCUGGUAUUCUUCACUGAGGACGGGAAAAUGGAGCGUGCUACAUUCCUCGAGACAUGGAAGUCUUUACCCGAUUCAAAUGAGGUGUCAAAGGACUUCCCAGGCCUUGUCGUGAACAGCGUAGAAGCAACCAUAGAUCGGGUAGCAGCAUCGAACAUGUUCUUCAUCGCAAAGCGCAGGCACGCAAACCAGGAGGUGCUGUAUCUCUCUGCCAAGAUCCCUCGAGGAAUCCCCUUCUUGAUCGAAAUUACAGCAGUCAUUGGAAUCCCUGGAGUCAAGUGCGCAGUCAAAACCCCAAACCCUGAACUCGCUCCUCUCUUCUUUGAAAGCAUCGAGUCUUUCCUCAGGACUUAGUUGGUUAAUACUUGUCUGUGUUCAUCAUUUAGCUUUUCUGUCUGGUGGUGAAGUUGAAGUUCUUCUGUAAUCUGUAGAACAGUGAGGUCCUGUUGUUAUUCUGUUUGGAGUCUCCAUUUUUAUUGUUGAGAUUGGUUGGACGAGGUUUCCAUUUCCUAGUCUUUGAUCAAUUGUACUGGAAGAACCAAAAUUUUGGUAUUGUGAUAUACAAAGGGGAGAAUAUGUCUUGACUA